AUACUAUUGCUGAAAUCAUCUCAAAACUUCCAUUAGAGGAUCUAGAUAACUGUAUUCAAAUUAACCGUACAUGGUAUAAAGAAAUUUGUCAUGAACUUUAUAAGAGGCACAAAAACUUUAAUACAAAAUACUAUGAUUUAUUAGAGAAACUAGACAGAUGCCACAGAAAAUCAGAUAUAAAUGAUAAUAAAAUUGAGCCUAUAUAUAAUAAUACAUUAAUAAUAUUUGAUGAGCUUGUAAAAGUAGAAAAGUAUUUAUUAAAUAAAAAUAUGAUCUUUAGUAAAAGAAUUAGAAAUGCGAUAUUGACCAAUAUUGAAGAAGAUAAUUAUGGAAACCCAUUAGAUUCAUAUAAUUUUGGGAAAGAUACAUUCGAAUAUAUAAAAUACCUCAAAACAUUGUAA